UUCUCUUUGGUGAUCAUUAUUAUCAGUAUUUGGUUUUGUGAUGGCUUGCUUUUUCUUCUUACUGGCAGUAGCGGUAACGUUCUGUAGUGUUCACUCUCAACUGAUAACAAAAGAUUUUGUUGGAUACUUGAGGCAGUUUGAUGGACCAUGUUUGGAUUUCUCUCCGAAUUCUGACUUCUGUAAAUUAGCUGCAACGAAAGUACACAUUUGCAAAAAGUAUAAAGAAUCAGCAAGAGCACACUGCAGAGGUACAUGUCAACUUUGUGGUAAGAAUAUAUUAAUAUUAUCCAUAGUUUUAAAGUUUUAUUUCUUUAACUUUCUACAACAUUGUGUCUGGGGUUCCUCCCCAUGAAUUUCAAUGCUGAUAAAAGAAAGAAGAUUUAAGAAAGAAUUAAUUGUUUGUACGUCUUCUGAUUAAAACUUAGUUAUUUCAGUGUUGAUUAUAAAACCAGACUGGAUAACUUGGUCCUUUCCAUAAAAGAAGUCCUUUUCAUAUUUUUCUUGCUAGUCGUGCUAGUUUCGUUUACAUCGUUUUGUGCUGAAUAUGAUAUAUACUUCAGCAUUUUUACACAUUAGCCAAGCAAGUGACCAAAAUUUGAAAACAAUUCUAAA